AUGUCCAAAAACGAAUUAACGUCAGUCGCGUGGUCGUUUUUUCUAAAGGUUGAUGAUGAGAAAGUAAGAUGUCAAUUAUGCAAUAAAGAACUGAAAUACUUCCACUCAACAUCGGGGAUGAUAUCACAUAUAAGGUCAACUCAUGAAAAUGAAUUGAGGGAGUUGCAGAAUGAAAACAAGCAACUACGAGUUCGUGCUUCGCGUGGAAAUCCGGCCGUUAAUUAUGAAGAAGCCACCGAGAAUCUGAUUAUGGCAAUAUGCACUUCUGGCGCCUCUUUUCAAUUACUGAAGAACUCAUGGUUUCGAAAAUUCUGUCGUAUUCUGGAUCCCAAUUUCACCUUACCAACUCCAGAUGCUGCCAGAAAAGUUAUUUCAAAGCAUGCCACAUCAUAUAUAACAAACACGAUGGAACAGUUGAGUGCAGUGGAUAAAUUUUUCAUCUCGUUUGACAGUUGGGAAGACAAAUAUGAAAACUUCUCAAUAUAUGUUGUCUUCCUAUACUAUACUGAUGAUCAGUAUAAUAAGAGAAAAGUUUUACUCGGUAUACGAAACAUUGCUGGAAAGGUCACAUCGGAAAACAUUGAAGAAUUAGCAGCCGGGCUGCUGAUUGAAUAUAAUCUUGAUUUUUCGAAAAUUAUGGGAACAAUCACUGAUGAAAGAUCAAAUUUGCAGGGAUUUUUGAACACGAAUGUCUACCAUCAAGUUCUUUGUGCAGCUGAAGCUUUAUCACAUAUUGUGAACGCUGCUUCUGAAAUCCCGUUGCUUGUUGAAGUGAUGAAUAAAGUCAACGGCUUAGUUUCGCACUUAUCAAGAUCGAAAUCCGAAAGAACACGAUUCAGAGAAAGCUCAUCAUCACUCAGAAUUGAAAGUAGACUCCCACUUCCGUUCCGUACCGACAGACCAGGCAGAUGCAUUUCUUUCGCUCGAGCUUUUCUUACUCAUUACGAGAGCAUCAAAUCGUUGACCCGUGGCCAGGAGUUCAUAUUAUCCGAACAAGAAAAGGAGAAUCUAGAAAUCUUUGUUCAAUGUGCAACUCCUUAUCUUGAAGCCAUCAAUCAGGUCGAAUCAGACAAAACAUUCUGCUCAGAGGUUCUGAUCCAUUUCGCAAGUCUUUCCGACUUCCUCAACAAUCAGAGACACAAUCAUCCAGUUGUUAAGGUCCUCACUGAAGAAACCGUUCAUCAGUUUCAACGCUUUCUGGAAAAUGACAUUGCACUUCUCACAACAUUUGUAGACCCGAGAUUGUCUUAUACAGACGGAGUAUUGCUGCAAAAAAGCUGGAAAGACGUUGAGAAACUUGUAGAAAGUUAUUGUGCAGAUAACUACCGUCUUAUUAAUGCAUCAAAUGAUCAGAAUCCAGAACCUGCUGCUAAACGUAAAAGACCAUCGGACACACAUUUUUCGAAAUUUAUCGAGUCGCUGACACAAUCCACUGUUCCAGGAUCUAUAGAAACUGAAAUCGUCAAUUACAAAGCAUCAGUCUUGACUUAUCGAGUUGCAUUAGAUUCGUGUCCGUUGCAGUAUUGGAGAAUGAAUCAAUCACGGUUUCCAACGCUUUGUCGUCUUGCAAAAGAUGUUCUCAGCGCCCCACAAUCUUCUAUUCAAGCCGAAAGAUAUUUUAGUGAAUGCUCAGAAGUUGUUUCCUCAUCCACACGCAAUCGUCAUUCCGCCCUAUCAUUGAAUGAAACUCUGUUGAAUUCUGCACUCGGAAUUAUAAAAAGAAUGGAUACAGAUCCAAAAUGGAAUGAAGACGAAGAAAGUGACGGAGAAUCAGAUGAAGAGCCAGACGCUGCCGACAAUUUCAAUGCAUGGGACCGCUCUGUCGACCCAACAAAUUACGAACUCUCGGCAGUCAAAGAAGAGAAUUUUUAA